AUGUCCUACGUGUUAACUGAAACUUCUGCAGGUUAUGCCCUUUUAAAGGCCUCUGACAAAAAGAUUUACAAAUCUACUACUUUAAUUGAAGAUUUAAACUCUUCUGAAAAAGUAUUAAAGGAAUUUAAAGUUGCUGCUUUCUCUAAAUUUAAUUCUGCAGCAAAUGCAUUAGAAGAAGCUAAUUCUAUUAUUGAAGGUAAAGUAUCUCCACAGUUAGAAAAGUUACUACAAGAAAUCAAAAAGGAUAAGAAGAUUACUUUGGUUGUUAGUGAAACCAAAUUAGCUAAUGCCAUUAACAAGUUAGGUCUCAACUUCAAUGUUGUUUCAGAUGCAGUCACACUGGAUAUUUACAGAGCUGUGAAAGAAUAUUUACCAGAUCUAUUACCUGGUUUAAAUGAAAGUGAUUUAGAUAAGAUGUCUCUAGGUUUAGCACAUUCUAUUGGUCGUCAUAAAUUAAAGUUUUCUGCUGAUAAAGUUGACGUUAUGAUUAUUCAAGCUAUUGCAUUAUUAGAUGAUUUAGACAAGGAAUUAAAUACUUAUGCUAUGAGAGUUAAAGAAUGGUAUGGUUGGCAUUUCCCAGAAUUAGCCAAGAUUGUCACAGACUCUGUUGCAUAUGCAAGAAUUAUUUUAACAAUGGGUGUUAGAUCUAAGGCUCAUGAAACUGACAUGAGUGAAAUCUUACCAGAAGAAAUCGAAGAACGUGUUAAAACUGCUGCUGAAGUGUCCAUGGGUACUGAAAUUACCCAAACAGAUUUAGAUAACAUCAAGGCCUUAGCUGAUCAAAUUGUAGACUUUGCUGCUUAUAGAGAACAAUUAUCUAACUACUUAUCUGCUAGAAUGAAAGCUAUUGCUCCAAACUUAACUCAAUUAGUUGGUGAAUUAGUUGGUGCUAGAUUAAUAGCUCAUGCUGGUUCUUUAAUUUCUUUAGCAAAGGCUCCAGCUUCUACUAUCCAAAUAUUAGGUGCUGAAAAAGCUUUGUUUAGAGCCUUAAAGACCAAACACGACACUCCAAAAUAUGGUCUUCUAUACCAUGCUUCUCUAGUUGGUCAAGCAACUGGUAAGAACAAAGGUAAGAUUGCUAGAGUCCUAGCUGCCAAAGCCGCAGUAGCUUUGCGUUACGAUGCUUUAGCUGAAGACAGAGACGAUUCUGGUGACGUUGGUUUAGAAGUCAGAGCCAAGGUUGAAAACAGAUUAUCUCAAUUAGAAGGUAGAGACUUAAGAACAACACCAAAGGUUGUCAGAGAAAGCAAGAAGGUGGAAAUCACAGAAGCCAGAGCUUAUAAUGCAGAUGCUGACACAGUGACUGAAUCUGCUUUACCUGAAGCUGAUACUGACGAUGAAGAAGAAUCUUCUGAAACCGAAACCAAAGAAAAGAAAGAUAAGAAGAGAAAGAGAGAUGAUAAAGAUGAAGAAGAAUCUAAAGAAUCUAAAAAAUCCAAGAAGGAAAAGAAAGAAAAGAAAGAGAAAAAGUCCAAGAAAGAAAAGAAAGAAAAAAAAGAUAAAAAGGAUAAGAAAUCUAAGAAGGAAAAAAAUAAAUAUGAUGCAUAA